AUGUCAGUAAUGUUGUUCCGUUUGCUGGCUCCAGCAGUCUGGUCGCACUUCCUCUCCCUUGUGUGCUGUUCAGAGCAGACAGGGGCGGGACUUGCAGCGUGUACACUGGGCAGUGUGAAGGGGCGGGGCUUCUCUGCGGAGGGUGACAUCAUCAUUGGUGGAAUAUUUCCAGUUCAUUAUAACAAGGUUUUCCCGGACACCCCGUUCACAGAGCUGCCUGGACCCACCCGCUGUGAGAUUUUCAGUCAGCGGUCCUACCGCUGGGUGCAGACUAUGGUGUUCGCCAUCAAUGAGAUCAAUCAGAAUGCAACACUGCUCCCCAACCUAACGCUGGGCUUUGGGAUUUACGAUACCUGUGGUGCCGUCCACCGAGGGAUAGAGGGCGCCCUGUGGAUGAUGAGUGGUCAGGAAGUCUUGGUGCCUGGGUACCGCUGCCUGCCUGGCACCCCCUUGGCUGCCAUCAUCGGAGAUGCAGGCUCUCGGAUUUCGCUGGCCAUCGCCCGAAUCCUUGGACUGUACAGCUACCCACUGAUCAGCUAUUUUGCGACGGUGCCCCAUCUCAGUGACCGGCGGCAGUUCCCCUCAUUUUUCCGGACGAUCCCUAGCGAUGUUUUCCAGGUGCAGGGGCUGGUCCGGCUGAUGCAGCACUUUGGCUGGUCCUGGCUGGGGCUCCUGGCAUCGGAGGACGACUACGGGCAGAUGGGCAGUCAGAUCCUGCAGAAGGAGCUGCUGCAGAGUGGGGCAUGUCUGGCCUUCUAUGAAACUGUGCCCCUGCUUUAUGACAAGAGGAAGAUUCAACGCAUAGUACAGGUUGUGAAGAGUUCCUCUGCUAAAGCCAUCAUUGUCUUCACCUUUGAGUCCUUCCUGAUGCCUGUCGUAGUGGAAAUGGCACGUCAGAACGUGACAGGCAAAGUGUGGGUCGCCACCGAGGGCUGGUCCACAUCGCACAACCUGGCAAACAGAGAGCUCCUGAAGACAAUGGACGGAACCAUUGGGUUUGCAAUCCGCAGGGCUGAUAUACCUGGGCUCAGGGAACACCUACUGAGUGUGUCACCCAAUUCACCCACCGAGAACAAAAGCUUGGUCAAGUUGUUUUGGGAGGAGAUGUUUAAGUGCAAGUGGCCCGACAUCCAGGAUAACCUUGGAGGCUCACAGCAGCUUUGCACAGGCCAGGAGAAUCUUAGCCAGCUGGGCAUGGCUACAGCUUACUCUGACGUUUCCAAUCUCAGAAUCAGUUACAAUAUCUACAAUGCUGUGUAUGCUGCUGCUCACGCUCUGCACGACCUCCACUCCUGCAAGCCUGGGGAGGGACCCUUUGCUAAUGGAGGCUGUGCGAACAUCAGGGAUUUUGAACCUUGGCAGCUCCUCCCCUACAUAAAGAAAGUGCGUUUCAACAAUAAUGCUAAAGAGGAGGUGCAUUUUGAUGAAAACGGCAUUUCGCCAACUCGCUAUGACAUCCUAAACUGGCAGAAGACCCCUACAGGUGACAUCCAGUAUGUAAAGAUUGGAAGCUUUGACUACAGUGCUCCAUCAGGACGAGACCUGGAAAUAAAUGAGAGUGCCAUCAUCUGGAAUGGAGGCCAAACACAGGCACCGGUCUCAGCAUGCAGUGAAAGCUGCCCCCCUGGGAGUCGCAAAGCAGCGCUCCGUGGUCAACCUGUUUGCUGCUUUGACUGCAUCCCCUGUUCUGAGGGUGAAAUCGCCAACCACACAGACUCCACAGAGUGCCUGCACUGCCCAGAAGGUUCCUGGUCUAACAAGCAUCGGGACAGCUGUAUUCCCAAGGUGGUUGAGUUUCUUUCUUACAUGGAGCCCCUGGGUGCUGUGCUGGCAUCUCUCUCUGUUCUCACCUCACUUCUGCCUGCAUCAACACUCGCUCUCUUCCUGUGGCACCACCACACGCCAAUUGUGAAAGCUAACAACCGUCAGCUGAGCUACGUGCUGCUGUGUGCCCUGGUGCUGUGCCCCUUGUGUUCACUAAUCUUCAUCGGUCAGCCUUCGCCCGCCUCUUGCAUGCUACGCCAGACAGCCUUUGGCAUCAUAUUUGCCCUCAGCGUCUCCUGCGUUCUGGCUAAGACUGUCCUGGUGGUGAUAGCUUUCAAAGCCUCCAUACCAGGCAGCAGCUUGCACCGAUGGGUAGGAACUCGAUUACCAAACUCCAUUGCUUGCUUGGGCACCUUAAUCCAGGUUGGUAUCUGCGGGACCUGGCUAGGUGCUGCCCCACCCUUCCCCGAAAAUAACAUCAAAUCCCAAAUUGGCAAAGUCAUCCUGGAGUGCAAUGAAGGCUCUGCAUUGGCAUUCUGGUGCAUGCUGGGAUACAUGGGCAUUCUGGCCAGCGUCAGCUUCGUAGUGGCCUUCCUGUCACGGAAUCUUCCGGAUAGUUUCAACGAGGCCAAGUUUAUCACGUUCAGCAUGCUGGUCUUCGUCAGUGUGUGGCUGUCCUUUAUCCCAGCCUAUCUCAGCACAAAGGGGAAGUACAUGGUUUCUGUGGAGAUAUUUGCGAUUUUGUCUUCGAGCGCAGGCCUUCAGGGCUGUAUCUUUUUCCCAAAGUGUUACAUUAUUUUACUGAGACCAGAGAGAAAUACACGUGAUUACCUCAUGGGCAAGGGACCAACAAGGUAA